AAGAGAGCCAAUGCCGCAAACCAUCCUGCAUUUCUUGUUCAUCAUUUCUUCUUCCUCCGUCAACCAAAUUCUGAGGCUGAAAAAAUGGCAGACGGCAUCAUUUCCAUGCUACUGGAUCGGCUGGCUUCAAUAGCGUAUGAGUACGUUGACGAGGAGGUGAAACUUGUUUUGAAUGCCAAGAAAGAUGUUGAAGAAUUUGCUGGCAAUCUCAAUGCUAUUCAAGCCGUUCUCGAAGAUGCGGAGCAAAGGCAAGUGAAGGAGGCCAGCGUGAGGACCUGGUUGGAUCAGCUCAAAGACAUAUCCUUCGAGAUGGUGGACGUGCUGGACGAGUGGAACACUGACAUGCUAAGACAGGAGGUUGAGAAGCAAGAACGAGAAGGUGAAAAUGCUGUUGCUAACAAGCAGAAGAAGAAAAAGGUACCUCUCUAUGUUUCCCGUAGUUGCUUUUGUUUUCGCAAAGCCAGAGAGGUAACUUUUCGCCAUGACAUUGCAAGUAAGAUAAAAGAUUUGAAUGGUAGGCUAAGUGCGAUUGAUGAGCAAAGAAAAAGGUAUAAGUUUAAACACAUAGAAAGAGUCAUUCAAGAAAUACCUGAUCGACGGAAGACUUCGUCUUUUGUCGUCGAUUCAGACGUAUUUGGUCGAGCAAAGGAAAAAGACAUUCUGAUCACAAAGUUGUUGAGUGAUUGGAAGGGGCUCCUUAUCAUCCCUAUUCUAGGGAUGGGAGGAAUGGGGAAGACAACUUUGGCCCAACUAGUUUAUAAUGAUGUCACAGUUAAAACCUAUUUUGAAAAGAGAGUGUGGGUUUGUGUCUCAGACCCCUUUGAUGAGGUUAAGAUUGCCAAAUCCAUAAGUGGUGAUGAAGACUCAAGGUCAAAUGAGUUGGAUCAUGUCCUGCAAUCCAUGUUAAGAUCCAUCGAGGGCAAAAGGUUUCUCCUUGUCCUAGAUGAUGUGUGGAGCAACGACAGUGAAAAGUGGGAACGCUUAAGGGCACCACUAAUCCAAAGUGGUGAUCAUGGCAGUAGAAUUUUGGUGACCACGAGAAAGCAUGAGGUUGUUGAUAUGAUGAGAGCAACAAGUGACAUGAUUAAUUUGGGAGAGCUAAGUGAAGAAUAUUGUUUGUCAAUCUUCAAUCACAUGGCAUUUUCUGAUAGAGGAGUAGAUGAGUCUAAGGCGUUCGAAGAUAUUAGUAAAAAAAUUGUAGGAAAAUGUAAAGGUUUGCCUCUUGCUGCAAAAGCUUUAGGCAGUCUCAUGCACAACAAGAGAACAAGGAGGGAAUGGCUAAAUGUUUUAAAUAGUAAGAUAUGGGAUCAAGAAGAGGUGGAGCAAAAAGUUUUCAAACCGCUACUACUAAGUUAUUAUGAUUUGGCCCCGUCAAUUAAAUGUUGCCUUUUAUAUUGUGCUAGUUUUCCUAAAGAUUAUGAGUUUCAGAGAGAUGAAUUGAUUGAUCUAUGGAUGGCACACGAUUAUCUUAAUUCAAAAGAGAAUAAAGAUAGAGAAGUUGGUGAAGCAUUUUUUGAUAACUUAGUAGCACGGUCUUUUUUUCAAGAUUUGGUGAAAGAUAGUGUUAGUGGAAAAAUUAGAAGUUGCAAGAUGCAUGAUAUUGUUCACGACUUUGUGCAAUCUCUCACCAAGAAUGAAUGUUUGAUUAUCGAUGUUGAGGGUGUUGGCGAUGAAAUAGAGGUUAUGAGUAAAAAGGCUCGCCAUUUAACCUUAAGAUUGAAAUAUGAUGAGCCACUCCCACCUUCUAAUGCAUAUUUCAAAAAUCUGCAUACAAUCACAAUUCUUCCUCCAUCCUUUCCUGAAACCAUGACCGUAGACUCCAAUUUUAUUUUGCAAUUGAAAUGUCUUAGGACAUUAAAUUUGAGUUACGUUGGCAUAAGUGAAGUCCCAGAUGAAAUUGGUGAAUUGAUACAUUUGAGGUAUAUUGAUUUGUCAUGGAAUGAUGGUUUGAAAACAUUGCCGGACAGUAUCUGUGAGUUGUACAAUUUGUAUACCUUGCGCCUUUGUUGCUGUGAGCAAUUUGAAAAACUACCUGAUAACAUGGGAAGGUUGAUUAGCUUAAAGCAUCUUUAUGUUGAUGGUUGUGUUUCGCUGGAGUACAUGCCAAAAGGGAUUCGUAGAUUAAAGAAAUUGAAAAGAAUUGAUGAGUGUGUUGUGGUUUGUGGUGAGGAUGAGAACAAAGCAGCAUUACAAUUGGGAGAUCUGAAAGUCUUGAACCUUGAGGGCAGUCUCAACAUAAGUUUGCAGGGGAAUGUGAAAGAUGAGAAUGAGCUCGAGAAAGCACAGUUGUGGCACAUGAACCAACUCUUUCAUCUGCGAAUUACUUGUCUGGAUGUCCAAUACAAGCAGCAAGCAAGAAGCACUGUUGAAAUACUGAAUGUCUUACGACCGCACGAAAAUCUGGAAUCUUUAGACAUUUCUCAUCAUUCGGGCACCACCUGCCCCAAUUGGAUGAUGUCUUUGCAAAACUUAAGAAUCAUCCGUCUAAAUGAGUGGUAUAAUUGUGAGUUUUUGCCUCCUCUUGGGAAAUUGCCAUACCUUGAAGAACUAUCUCUGUGGAGUAUGCAAAAGGUGAAAAGGAUUGGUGGUGAGUUUUUGGGAAUAGUCGACCAAGAUUACGCAACGUCAUUGAAAUCAUCAUCAUCAUCAUCAUCAUCCUCAUUUUUCCCAAAGUUGAAACAACUCAUAAUUUACGACAUGAAUGCCUUGGAAGAGUGGGAAGUAGGCGUGGAAGGGUGGAACAAAGAGGAUUCUGAAACUUCAAUCAUGCCAUGCCUUUCCUCCGUAGCAAUUGUGGAUUGUCGACGCCUCAAAACACUGCCAGACUUCCUCUGCAAAACACCGGUGCAAGAGCUUAUCAUUCGGGGUUGUCCGAAUCUUUCAGAGCGUUGUGAACAAGGCAGUGGAGAGGAGUGGCCCAAGAUUUCUCACAUCCCAAACAUCAAAAUCUGAUCAUAAAUCUGCAAUUGGCGUCCUCUCCGAGCUUCUUCAACCCUUGGUCCGUGAUCGUGAUCACCGGAAGAUUGGCCACUACCUGUUUGCUCGCAGGCGGGGCCCUCGGAGCCGCCCACACGUCAUCCAAAAUCCCCGGCCGCAAAACGCUGUCGAGGUUGUCAAUGAGCGACUGAAGUAGAUUUACCGAGCUUUCCGAGUUCUCUUCGUUUCCGGGACCCGACUCAUAAGGGCGCGGCCUCCUCGUCUUCCCUGAAAUCCGCCGAGUCAACGCGGCGAUCGGGAACAUGAUUAUGCUGGCAAACAAGUCGUUUAACGGCAUUGGUUGGCGUUUCGGAGUUGUGGCGUUGGAUACUGAUAGUCCGUGUGCGUGUGCUUAGAGAUUUAUCGGGUGGAUUUAGUAAUUUUAUAGAAAGGAUUCUAUAGGCUGCAGCUUGCUUUUGCCAAUUUGCAUUUGCUUUCUAUAAAAAUCUUGUAUUAUUGAUGCUGUUUGUAAUUUACACGUUGCUUGAGUUCUAAGCAGAAGGAAUACUUCGUCUACGAUUUGGAUGUUAAGUGCAAAAAUUCGCCAUCUUCAAUCUUCACGAAUUUGUAC